GUAAUAGACGUGAGUAAUUUUUGUGUAUCUUGUUGGAAGGUACAUUGUGAUGAGAUUCGAAUGAAAUGUACUGCUGUUUAAUUUCAAAGUUCAGUUGCAUUAAACAUGAAGUUAAAUUGAGAAGUUUGUCACCAUUAGAUUAGAUGCUACAAAAUUUUCGGAAUAAGAAGUGAAACGUAACGCCUUAAAAUUAUUACUGUGAUUUCCAUUCAAAUGCUUUGCGUGUGGUUUUUUGGUUUAAGCGUGCAUAUUCUAGUGGGUGUGCUUCUUUAGAAAUAAAUUGUGAGUAAAUUUGCGUGACUUUAGUGUAUUGAGCGGAACAAGUACAAUGGCGAGGGAAUACGAUCACUUAUUUAAACUGUUGAUAAUAGGUGACAGUGGUGUUGGAAAGAGCUCUCUAUUACUUCGUUUCGCAGAUAAUACAUUUUCUGGAAGUUAUAUCACUACUAUUGGAGUUGAUUUCAAGAUACGUACAGUUGAUGUUGAUGGAGAACGAGUUAAACUGCAGAUAUGGGAUACUGCUGGACAAGAGAGGUUUCGAACGAUAACUUCAACGUAUUACCGUGGAACUCAUGGCGUUAUUGUUGUGUAUGAUGUAACCAGUGGUGAAUCCUUUGCGAAUGUGAAGCGGUGGCUUCAUGAAAUAGAACAAAACUGUGAUGUUGUCAAUAGGAUAUUAGUGGGUAACAAAAACGAUGCACCAGACAGGAAAGUUGUUUUGACAGAGGAUGCUCAGCGGUUUGCGGAACAGAUGAACAUUCAGUUAUUUGAAACUAGUGCAAAGGAUAACGUGAACGUGGAAGAGAUGUUUAUGGCAAUAACUAGACAAGUUCUACGAACAAAGAAGGAACGCAAAGAGCGGCAAGCCAUUCAAAAUAACGAUGUAGUCAAUCUUCGAAAGCCUAAACAGAGUAGAAGAAAAUGCUGUUAACAUUUGUUUCAGUAGCAACAUUCUAAUGAAGGUGCUGCAGUAUUUAAUAUACUGUCUAACCAGAUGAUAAAUAAACACGAAGAAAUUUUUACAAAUGAAGUUGCAUGUGUAAAGUUUCAAAGUGGAACGAAAAAUAUCAACAGUUUGGUGUUCCAGUGUAAACAAUAACAACCAUUUCAAUUAGUAGUAGAUAGUGAAACAAUCUGUAAAAUGAGAACUUGAAAUGGAAAUGAAAGUAAAUUGUGUCACCAAGAAAGAUAUAGGUUCCUAUAAAAUAUGUAUUUGACUGCAACUUUUGUAAUGUAUAUAAAAUGUAGCUGUGCACCAUAUUGUUAAAACAAAACAAGUUUUUUUAUGCUUAAGUUUUGUUAUGAAUAGCAAAUGUUUUUGCAUUUGUGUUAUAUUCUUUAUUCUUCUUCAGUUUAUUACUGGAGUUAAAAUGCAGUUAUUGGAAUAGAACUUGCAUUACUUGUAUGAAAAUAAUGUUGUGCUUAUGUAAAGAUGAUGGAUAAUAGCAUUUAUAAAUUUACAUCAUAGCAUUUAUUUAUUUUAAGUUCUAUAGCAUUAUUAGAUUUAUAAAUAUACAAGCAUUUCAAAAUGCAUCACUGUUUAGAAAUGUUUCCCAGAUAUAUAUAUCUAUAUUUUUUCAGUUAAUAUGAAUAAUGUGAGGCUUACAAUCAGAAUAUUCAUAUCACCUUCAAAAAAAUGAUGCGACUUAAAUUGCAGUGCUCUUCAAUGGACACAAACACAGUGUGUUGGGUCUAUUUUGUAACAUGGACCUUAAAACAUUAACCAGAAUGAAGGUUUAUUCUACUACAUGUUAGGUAGGAAACUUGUUUUUUUUUUUUAUGGGGGAGUUUUGUCACAAGGAACAUUUUGGCUGCUAGGCGCACGGUUGUUCUAUUGUACGACAUGUUUGCUUUAUUUAACUGGAAGAAUCAUGAUAAAUUACUGAUCCAAGAAAUAUGUUUACUUUAUACUUUUUAUAUGUAAGUGCUGCCAGUAUUUGAUUUAAACAUAAAGGGUUUUAAUAAUCUAGAAGUAUUAAUUGUGGUAGUCUUUAGCCUUGAUGAGCUAACUAGCGGUCUUGGAAACAGCGUUUUAUGCUCUAAAUGGUCCAAUUGUAUGACCAAGUUAGGGCGUUAAAAAAGUUAAGAAUUGGGGGUUGGAAUUAUAGUGUUUGCAUGCAACCGUGAUUAGAGAUGAGUUUUCCAGAAAAAUUAUAUUGUCUUAGAAACACACAAAUUUUAUCAACUGUUUUACACAAACAUAAAAUAAUAGAAGAGGUGAAUCAUUAGGUGUUAAAGAAAGACAAAAUUUACUAUACACAUAUGAGCAUACUCCACAGUUCAUAACCUACUAACUUUUGACUUGAUUUUUUUACCAGUACUCUAAUAUAAUAGUAAAGUGAAAUUUUACAAAUGGUAUAAAAAUUUUGUAUAGAGGAUAAGUACGUAACUCACACACAUACAAACUACAGUGUAGAAAGAUUGUACUAUUAUGUUGGUAUAUUAACUUGUUAAAUUAUGUAAAGUUAUUUUGGUAUUAAAAAAUACUAAAAUUUUCCCACUCACAUCUCUAUCUCUGAUACAUGACUCUGUAUCAGCCUAACCUUUAUCAUUAAUUUGGCACUGUUCCGAACCAGAAUAAAAUAUAAUGUACAUUACAAACUUCUGUGAAAAAUUCAGCAGAAUGAAAAUAUUUUAUUAUAUUUCAUAACGUACAGUAAAGGAGCAGAUACCAUCUACUUGUAUUACUUAAGAAAUAGGAUGACUAGAUAAGAGUGUUUUCAUUUUGUAAAUUGUGACCACAUCCCAGGAAAUGAUGUGCGGAACAUUUCAGCUUGUCCAUGUUGUAGUUAUCUUCAAGGGCGAUUAUCAACACAUGUUAAUUUAUGCUGACUGUCAUUAUUGCCGUUGUACAUGGUUAGCCAAAAUGUCUGGCACAUUAUCAUUUCCUGAGACGUGAUAUCCACCUUAAUCCAAAAAGUAAUUAUAAACUCUGGCCAUGAAAGCUUAAGAUAAAGAUUUGUAAUAUGUUACAAGCCCUAUAAGAAUGAUAUAUUGGCAGCAACCAACAGAUAAAUUUUGCCUAGAAAGAACAUUACCAGUGUCAGCGUAUCAUAUUAGUGUGCCAAACUUAUAACAUUGAUGUUCCCAACCUGUAGUAGAAUUAAUCUUACCUGAACCCACUGUAUUCCUUACACACUUUCAUUAGCAAGAUCAUAAUAGUUGUACGCACGUUAGGUAUGUAAGAUAUGUUGCACAAAAUGCUUGAAUAGAUCAUGACGCCAUCCAACCUCAUUUUUCUGCAGCAAGCCAUAUAUCGCUCACAGAAGAGAGUAUUAUUUUACUGUGUUUGUGUGUUAUUGUAGUCUGUGAUCAUGUUUUCAAAAUAAACACUAGCCUGAACAUGUGUGAAAAUGAUUCUGUCCGAAAUUUGCAUUUUGUUGGCAAUAAAUAAGUGUGCAGCAUUAA